ACCUCCCAAUUGAACUCCGAAUAACCUUCUUAAUCCCCCUUUUCCUUACCAUUACACUAGUUUCCUCUCAAUUCCAUUUUCACAAUUAUUACUGCAUAGAUGAUGCAGGUACUUACACAACGGGUAGCGCGUACGAAGAAAACAUAAUCGGCCUUCUUCCUAACCUCGUAAACAAAGCCUCCUUAUCCAUCUUUAACAAUCAAACAAUCGGACGAGGCACGAUCGAUGAGACAUACGGCUUAUACAUGUGUCGAGGCGAUCUCAACGAGGAACAAUGUCAUGAUUGUGUCGAGACCGCGUCCAACACAAUCGUCGAAAGUUGUCCUUUCCAAAAAGAAGCCAUCGUUUGGUACGAAGAAUGCAUGGUUCGAUACGCAAACCACCCCAUAUUUUCUUUCAAAGACGAAGGACAGUUUAGUUAUGCUUGGAGUGUACUAAAUGUGUCUGAUCCUGUACAAUUCGGUGACGUAAUUUCAGAGACGAUGGAUGGUUUAAUUACACAAACUGCUUAUAACAAAACUCGUCGAGGUUAUGCUACAUCAUCUGAUCAAGCUGAAAAUGUGUAUGCUUUCGCGCAAUGCACUCCUGAUAUUCUUGGUUGUCGAUGUGAGAGAUGUUUAAGAGUGGCAUUUAGAAAUAUGGGAGGGUGUUGUGGGACGGCGAGGCGAUUGAUGGAAAUGUACUUGCCUAGUUGUUGGCUUCGAUAUGGUCAAGAGCCUUUCAUUGGGGAAUUUAGCAGCAACGACACUGACAUUACCGAACUUGCCCCUAAAUCUUCGUCGAAAUCGGAACCAAUACCGGUCUUUGACUUUCUCCCGCCAAACAAUACCUCCGUCGUGCCGCCUCAAGCACGUUCAGGAGGUAGUCAGCUAACAAGUAUGACAAACUACUUGAUAGCGACGAUGGUGUUGACGGUGUCGUUUUUAUGUAUGGCUUGGUAAAUUUUGAUUAAAAGUCGUUUUUCGGGAGUGAUGGUGUUCUGUGUGAAUUCGGAUUUACGAGUGUAUUUCCCUUGUUUAUUUGUUUUUCGCGGCCAUGGUAAAUAGUAAAUACCAUGAACUAAUACAUAGGAUGGUUCUAUCGAUGGAAGGUAGAAUUUUUUUUUACUCGGAUCAAUAUUUUGUUGUGGAAAUGAAAUGGAUGAACUCAUUUUGUAACAACUUUUAUGUUACUUGUAUUUUUUUUAAUAGAAAUUCUGUAUUUUUGUGCUCCUUGAGAGCUUU